ACAUUUCUUUCAAUCCUAUUCAGCGACAAAUAUUAGAAUUAAAAAACGGUCGUUGUCUCUUCGUAUAUCUGUCGUCUCCUCCUCCAUCAGCGGUCUCCGAUUAUCUGUCGCUGCCGGGUUUCCACCUCGCAGUUUUCAGUUGUAACAGUGAAUCGAUGACAAAGGGAAGAAGCAAGAAAUAUAAGGGUCAAGAGCCAAGUACAAGUCAACCAGCCUAUCACUCAAAUGUGAAGAAAAUAAAGAAGAGGUAUUUAAAGAAGAAGAAAAGCAAGAGAAAAAUGUUGAUCCCACAUAUGUCAUUGUUCCGCCAUUUGGGCCCUCCCAAAAUGGUCCAUAUGUUGGACGUACAACUUCCUCCACUCUCACUCUUCCUUUAGCUAGUGGUAGAAAUACUCAUGAAUGAAGGAGAAACAAAGAAAAAGAAUUGAGGAUGAGGUUUUUGGGUUUAUAUUCAUGUGUAAUGGUGGACAAAACCAGAAUUUUAUAGACAUCGUGUUUUUGGUCUACCUGAGGGAAAACUGGAAGUUGUUAACAAAAUUAGAUGAGGGAUAAAAAUUUUCUUAUUUGAUACCAAGUUGAAGCUUCUCUAUGGUGAAUACAAGGCAACCACAAGAGGAAAGGUGGGACUAGAACCAUUUGCGUUCAAUGGAAAGAUUUCCUGCAUAGUUUCUAAGGAUUCUUUCCUCAUUCUUUUUAAAUUUCAAUUGAGUAUGAUACAUUUACAGAAAUAAAUGGACACUCAAAAUUGUAGCAAGCAGCUCGGUUUUAAACUUGUUAAUAAUGCCAUGGAGUUGUGGAAGAGGAGAUUGAACAGACAAUUGUAUGUGAUCCUAACCAUCAAAUAAUUAGUUUAAUGUUAUGCAAGGAAGGUUGACAAAACAUUAGAUAAUUUAUUGUAUGUUGUUAUGGAACUAUUUCUUUGCUAUGGAGGUUAAUAAAGCAUUAAGAGGAGAAUAAGAUCACAAAAUGGUUAAAUUAGAUUUAGAAGAAUAGUAUAACAAGGUACCUAGGGAAGUUGUGUAAUGUGCGUUUUAAAGGAUAGGCGUUAUCCUUCUGAUAUGUUAAUGUCGUUAAGGAUUUGGAUGAUGGAUCAGUUAUGAGCAUGGAACAACUAGGAUAAUGUGGGUGACUUCUCUAUUAAAAUAGGUUUACGUUG